CUAGCCAUCAAGAUGUCUAUGCGGGACUUUGAGGUUUUGAGAAAUUACAAAACCGAUCUGGUGAAAUCGCGUUUAUAUCAAAACCGUAUUUUCAUUGAUGGCGUGAAUUUUUUUAUUUACGAUAAAAUUGCAUACACCGAGGACUUCGUGAUCGUUAAAAAUCUCUAUGUCAGCGGAUUUCCAAAGAAGUGUUCAACAGCGGAAAUUUUAAGAUAUUUUGAGAAAUUUGGCAAAGUGGAGCGAUUAAUUAUGUUGCAGGAUAAAAAAACAGACCCGAAGUUCCCUACACAAAACGCAUUUGUUAAUUAUCAAGAUCCAAAAAGUGCCUGCAGGGCGCUUCGUAGAAGACAUCACCGCUUAAACCGCAGAACUGUGCGCGUUCAAGCUGCCGACAGUUGGCAUCAGCCGGAACCACACACGGCAUUGCCACCAGUAGUGAGUACAGACAGCUGGUUUCGCCUUUAUAGAGAAAACUUUACGGGCUAUACCGAACACGAUAGCGAAAGCGAUGAGCUUCUUGAAGAAGACGAAGAUUAUGCGCCAGUAAAAAGCUACCACCGUAUAAAAAAGAAGAAAACUAAAGGCAAAAAUAAUCAAGUAGCAACAACAACUGCAGCAGCGGUGGUAGAAGACAAGGGUACAAAUAUACUCGCCUUGAACAACGAUUGCCUAGACAUGAUUUGCUCUUGGCUAGAGCCCAACGAACAGGUGCGUUUUGCGCGUACCUGCACACGAUUUGCGGAUAUUUUCGCAACGCGCUGCAAACAUGAAUACAAAACGAUGGAUUUAGAGAAAUUUAACUAUAUGACUGUGUGGGAAAUGCGCGAUUUCCUAUACUACAGUGGCAAUUACAUUGAGGAAAUUGUCAAUCCGAUACCAAAUUUGCAGCAUGAAAAGAUAUUGCAAUUGAUAAAUAAGCAUUGUCCCAAUCUACAAACUGCUACUUUGACUGAAAGUGCCUUAACGCCAAUCCAAUUCAAGGAUCUUUUACGUAAUGCGCCGCGACUAAAGGAAUUACAGUUGAGAAAUUCGAAACUAAAAAAAUGUUGGACGAAGGCAUUGGUACAUGCCAGCCAACUGGAAAGGUUAACGUUCCCACGUGAUACCAAAUACAAAGCUGAAUCUUUGAACAGUUUUGUGCAUCUGAAAGAGCUUAGUGUCGCCAGCUGUAUAGUUAGCGCCGAAGAGUUGCUAAAAAGUUAUGGCGUCUUACAGAAUCUACACACGCUCGACCUACGCUUUGUUGAGGGCUUAGAAUCGGCGUUCUACAAUCUGUUGGAAGGGCUCUGUCCACAACUUGAAACACUCAAGAUGACCUGCCCCAGCCAUCCUUACGAGCGUGUCGCACUACUGCCACGCCUAAACCAUCUCGAGUUGGUUGUCGACUUCUUAUCAGAUGCUGAGAUAUCGGUGGCAAUGUUAGAGUAUUUGGUCGAGCACAAGGCCGAUCAAUUGUCGGUGCUGAAAUUAUAUGCCAAAGAGCCACUAACCGCCAAACACGUGAGCGUGUUGAAGAGAUUGAAGUCAUUGAAAAUACUCAGCGUCUAUCACUUUCAAUUCUGUCCAGAUUACAAAAUUCCAAUAGAUCAAUUUGGGGAAUUGUGUUACAUGAGCUCACUUGAUGAGUUGACCAUUGGGAAUGCCACAGAUGGCCGGUGUGGCGCUGAAUUGAUGCUGGUGCAAUGCUAUCCGAAUGGCAGGAGGGUACAAAAGCCGAGUCGUUAUAAAAUCAAGGCCGAGGCUCUGGAAAUGUGCUAUACGCAAAUAGACAGAAUCACACCGCAUCGGAGGUUACUUGAAUAUGUGGUGUAUCGUAAUAGAAGUCUGGAGCAAUUAUUCAAUCUCAAAAUCAAUCGAGAGGGCAUGACUCAUACCUACUCUAAACUUAGAUAUGAGCCCGAGGAGUACUGCGAUAUGGAAGAUUUAGACAUAGACGAAGAGGCAGAGGAAAACGAGGAGGUAGAUAAAAAUGAAGAGGCAGACGAAGUGGAAUGCUAAAGGAGCGCUGGUGUUUGUGAUAGACAAUGUUUUGGUACUCGGUUUCCAAUGAAGAUUAAAUACAAUUUAAUUGCAUGUUCCUAUGAUACUUCGCUUUAAGACAUACAUAUUUAUAC